AAGCUAAUUUAGAACUCUUAUGCAAGCAAGUCUGACUCUCCAUAAACAUUUUGAAACGUUGAGAAAAUGAGGAGUAGAAUGUAUUCUCCCAACUGUUAAAUAUGAAGGAAAACAUCAAAGAAGUUAUACUCAUGAAAAUAGAAGAUAUGUUGCCACAACAGAUUUAUAGCAUGGAUAGUUUAGAACAAUGUAUAAACCAUUGUAAAGGAUUAUUUCACAUACAACUACGGAUUUACAAUUGUCUAAAAAAAGUAUUUGGGAGAAAUUUUAUUCAUUUCUUGAUAGUGAGAUUUAAGAAUAUAUAUUGUCUAUUUAUCUGUUUUACCAGUUUUCAGUAAUACAUAUGCAUUAUGUUUUUAAUAAUGGCAUAGACAGAGAAGAAAGAUAAGUAGAUAGGUGAUAUACAGAUGAUAGAUACCUGGACAGACAGAUACAUGGAUAAAUACAUAGAUAAUAUAGACAGACUAGGUAGAUAAGAGGAGAUAGUGAGAAUGAGUGUGAGUGAGACACACACACACAAACACACACACAAAGUUGACUUUCACCCACUGGUUCACUCUCCAAAUACCCACAACUUUGAUGCUUAUCCAGAUUAGAGCCAGUUCUCAAGCUGAGUCUCCCAGGUAGGUGGCAAGCAUCCAAGUACUUGAGGUACACAGGCUGCCUUUCAGAGUAUGUAAUAGCAAGAAGCUAGAACUGGAAGCAGAUAUGAAGUUUGAAUCAGGGAACUCUGAUAUGGGGUGUGUGUGUUCCAACAGACAUGUUAACUAUUGUGCCUAUUUGCCAAUCUAGAAAUGCACUUCAGAAUGUCAUCCUGCGGAUGAGAACUGUUACUACAGUGAUGUUCUCUCCAUGAAAGGUGGCUGGUUGUGAUACACAUAUGAUAUUAGGUCUUGACUUUUUUCACCUAUUCCUGUGGCUAGGUCAGGCAAUCUUAAUGUUUCAUGUUCCAUUCUUCUAGAGUAAUAUGAUUAAUUGCACUUGGUAUUUGGUCUCUUCAAGUAAAGCUAGGGCCAGCUACUAGUUGUGGGUUGGAAGUAAGUCCAGAGGCCAUCCACUGUGGCUGAGAUGCAGGGAGUGAAUGCUAAUAUAUUCACUAUAGAAACGCAUGUUAAUGCUUCUCAUCAUGCUCGCUGUGAUCGUGGGGUCCAUUUUGUGGAUGAUCCAAGUGAGAAUUUCCCAUGACCUACUAAAUUCAAGUGCUGAAAUUAAUUUACAGGGACUUAAGCACUCUUUAAAGGAAUGAAUUAGAAAGGAUUUAAUAGACUUAGAAGGCCUAGGAUUAAAUUUCAUUCUUAACUAAAACACUAAAUAAGUUUGAGGUGUCUCCUCCACUUUGUCAUCUCUAGUUCUGUAAAAUGAGGGAGUCUGAUACAAUCCUUACAGAUCCCUUCUAGUUCUGAUCAUUCCUACUCUAGCAUAAUCCCCUGAGAGAUGAAAUAGUCAAUCAGCAAGGUGCGGAGCACUGUGGAUGCUUCAUAUUCCCAGAGGUCUAUGUGCAUCUGAGCCUGUAACAGCUUCAGGGACUUCUGCAUGCAACUAUAUAUUAUUCAGGUCAGGGAGUUGGCAUAGGUAACUGGGGGCCAUGGGCCGCUCCUGCAAGGUCCCCAGUAUUCUACUCCUUUUUCUGCAGUUCCUAUGCAUAGGAUUCUCAGGUAGGUAUUGAAACAUCCGAUCCUUGAUAUUCAGGGAUUUGGGCACUCCAUUAGCAAUCCAGAAAUCCUGAAUGCUGCAAAUAAAGCCAUCUGCAGGAGGAAAGGCCGCCCUUACUCUGCGUUGGUUCUUUCCCCCUGUAUGCGCUCUUCAUAAUCUUCCAAGUGUAUGAUUUCUACCUUUUGCUCUUGGUCUUUCACAUGUCACAAAGUUUUCUACUUCUCACACUACUUUCUCAGAAGAGUUACUCCAUCACACUGUAAUAUUUAAGUAGAUUCCAGGUAUGAAUUAAUAACUCUAUGGUUUUUCUAAAGAAAAAUUACAUCAGGAGUACAUACAAUGACACUGGUUUUUUUUGUAUGCCACUUUGCAGGACCUUAUAAAACAAUAAAAGAUCCCCAAAUUAAUCUAUCUGCAAUACUGCAUACAGACACAAAAGAACUCAGAACUUAUGUGUAGGGGAAAAUUGGAUCCUAAAAAUGAAAUCGAGAAAAUUUGCAUCUUGAGAAGAAAGGUCAGAAGAGUCUUGAGUACAAAAGGAAGAGCAAAGGAGUAUGAAAGGCUGGCAGUGAGGACACAGAGCAGACUUUAGAACUCAGCUAUGAAAUCUUCCUUCUUUAGAAUUUCGCUAACUGUGUGCUUUUGUCUUUAAACAACCUCAUUAUCUGUUUUUUUAUAUUCACAAUUAUUUGCAAUAAAUAUACCAAAAUCCUGAAAGAUUUAAUGAUAUACCGAGUAUGUAAAUCCAUUGCACUAAGCUCUGUGUAGCAGGGUCUGAAACUAUGCAUAUGAGAAGAGCUGAAUUCCUUGAGUUGGGUUGGAGGAGAGAAGAUAAAAUCCACAAAGGUAUAACACAGGGCAGCAGAGAAGGGAACAUUAAAUUAGAUGCAAGCUUAGAUUUUUGAGGCAUCAAGAGGGUUAAUUCUGCUGAAAAUGAUGAGCCAAAUAUUCAAGGGGGAGGGUAUCAUUGGAUCUCAGUCCUGGAAGGUUGAUAGAAUGGCUGUGUUCAGGCCAGUGCUGUGGCUCACUUGGCUAAUCCUCCGCCUGCGUCACCAGCACCCUAGAUUAUAGCCCCGGUUGGGGUGCCAGAUUCUGCCCCGGUUGCUCCUCUUCCAGUCCAGCUCUCUGCUGUGACCCAGGAAGUCAGUGGAGGAUGGUCCAGGUGCUUGGGCCCUGCACCCGCAUGAGAGACCAGGAGGAAGCACCUGGCUCCUGGGUUCGGAUCAGUGCAGUAUGCCGGCCAUAGCAGCCAUUUGGGGGGUGAACCAAUGGAAAAAAGGAAGACUUUUUUCUCUGUCUCUCUCUCUCACUGUCUAUAUCUGCCUGUCAAAAAAAAAAAAAAAAAAAGAAAGAAAAAAGAAAGGCUAUGUUCAGGGAGUUUGAACAACCAAUGGGAACCAUGUACUGCAGAUAUAGUUUGUGUGACAAUAAGUAGACUUAUGUAGGUAACUUGAGGUGUUAAGAAGAGAACUUUGGUAGUGACCAGAAAUAUUGACUUGCCACUCUUAUAGAGGGCCUAGAUAAAUGAGUUUGGAUAUCGUCAUUUGGUAAUGAGAUUUCUAAUCAGAAUAUAAUGCUUUCUGAUUUUCCUUUUAAACAUAGUAAUAUUACUUAGGUUAGAGAUGAAUCAGAGAUAGGCAAGAAAUUUAUAAGGAGGCUAAUAUUAUGGUACACUAAUACAAUAUCUUGGUUUGAAAGCGAUAUGGCAGAAUGAAAGAAAUGGAGCAAGGUACUGGUAGAAGAACCUUGAAGUUAUUUUCAUCAUUGCUACUGGAUGAAUGUGUCUGACAAAGGAAAAGACAAAUGAUGUUUUGAUUUUGAUGCUCCAUCUUGGGCAUAAUAAUGCAACUAUUCAAAGUGACAGUGCCGGGUGAGCAUUUGGCCUAACAGUCAAGACUAUAGUUGGGAUGUCUACAAACAUAUUAGAGUACCUAGGUUUGACUCUUCACUGUGUUCGCAAUUUCAACUUCUAGCUAAAGCACACCAAGAGAAGUGAUAGGUGACAGCGAUAGUGUCUCUACCACCCAUGACAAGACACUGACUGAAUUACCUUCUUUCAGUUUUAACGCAGCCCAGUCCUGACCACUGGGGACACUAGGGACUAAACCAGCAGAUAGGAGCUCUUUCUUUCUGUCUCUCUGUCACUUUUUGUCUCUCUACCUUUGUUUCUGUAUAUUCCUCACUCUACUUCUAAAAUGAAUAAACUUUAAACUUUAAAAAUAAUAGGCAAUGAAUCUAAAGUAUAGAUAAAUUAUUAAUCUAUGAAAUAAAUUAUUAAGAAAUCAUAUCAAUCAGUAAAGUUGUUCAGGAAGAUAAGUGAUUUAUAGCUAUUAAAUGGAUCAAAGAUGUAUGGAAUAUGAAAGUCAUGUACAACUUGAUGAUGUGUGUAAGGUUAUUCCUGUGGAUGUAUGUCUUUCUGUCCAUUUAAGUUUUGGUUAGAUGAAUGGGGUAAAAACAGAGACAACAUGGCAGUAUGGGAAGUGGAAGUGAUAGGUUGUGGGGUUUAAGUCACAUUAAAGGGUGGGAAGAAGAAGAAAUUGUGAUUCACUGAAUAAAUCUUUGCUUAGGAAGACAUCAGAAUAGUUAAGUGGUAAUGAGGAGAAUGUUUCUCUUCAUUCUUGAGCAAAGCCAUACUCAUGGACUGACAAGAAAUAAGCUCAUAAAUUUAAAGAUGGGAGGUGCAAGAAUUGCAAAGUGGCUUGUUUUGCCAACUGGAUAAAAUGAGAUAACAGACCAUUUCACAAGUUUUAGAAACAAUGAGAAGCAAGGAUGAGUGACCUGGCGAACAAAAUUGAUGAAUGUCCUGAGGUGAGGAUCUGGAAAAUAUUCUCAAAAUACUAGGCAGGGCCAUGUAUCAGAGCAUCUAUUUAUUUUCUUUACAGGACAGUGGCCCUGGAAUCAAAGCAAGAAUCCCAGCAUGGGAGGAAGCCCCCACAACAGUUCAGGGCUGCCUCCUUUCACCUUGACUGGACUCCCAGGGCUGGAAACCUCCCAACACUGGAUGAUUUUGCUCCUUGGUCCUCUCUACAUUGUCUCUAUUGUGGGCAAUGCCCUUAUCCUUUUCAUUAUCAAGGAGGAGCAGAGCUUACACCAGCCCAUGUACUACUUCCUGUCCAUGCUGUCAGUUAAUGAUCUCGGUGUGUCUUUUUCCACACUGCCCACAGUUCUAGCCACUUUUUGCUUCCACUUAAAAGAGAUCAGUUUCAACUCAUGCAUGACCCAAAUGUUCUUUAUCCAUUUCUUCUCUGUCAUGGAGUCUGGGAUCCUGUUGGUCAUGAGCUUUGACCGCUAUGUGGCCAUCUGUAACCCUCUGCACUAUGCUACAGUGCUCACUGAUGCUCAUAUUGUGUGUAUGUGCAUUUCUGUUAUUAUUCGCAGUUUCUGUGUCAUCCUCCCACUGCCUUUACUUCUGAAGAGGUUACCUUUUUGUAAGGCCAAUGUCCUCUCCCAUGCCUACUGCCUACAUCCAGACCUGCUCCGCCUGCCCUGUGCAGACAUCACGAUCAAUAGCAUUGUUGGUCUCUUCAUUAUCAUCUCUACAAUUGCCCUGGAUUCGGCACUUAUCCUCAUCUCCUAUGUACUCAUAGUUCGCUCUGUACUGGCCAUUGCUUCUCGGGAGGAGAGGCUAAAGACGCUCAACACGUGCGUGUCACACAUGUGUGCUGUGCUGAUCUUCUAUGUGCCCAUGGUUGGUGUUUCUUUGGUUGCUCGCUAUGUGAGACAUGCCCCACAGUAUGUACACACUCUCAUGUCUCUGAUCUAUCUCUUCCUGCCUCCGAUGCUCAAUCCUGUCAUAUAUUCUAUCAAAACCAAGGAUAUUCGUCGUAGGUUGUGCAAAAUACUACUAGGAAUGAAGCUUUGAACAAGAGACAUGCUGAUAAGUGAAGAUUCUGUGUAUAUUUUCCAUUACUGUUAAAAUUUUAGUUUUUGAUACAUACUUUGACAAGACAUUUCUAAUGUUCUUUCACGUACUGGCUCCUCAUUAGAUCGUGAUAUCAGAUGUUUCAA